GCUGCUCCUGCCCUGAGGGCCCGGCCCGGCCCGGCCCGCGCCGCCAUGCUGUGCCACGGCGACGGCCUGCUGGGCGCCUUCACGGUGCUGCUGGGCACGACGCUGGCGCUGAGCCGCAGCCCGGCACUGGCCUGCCUGCUCGCGGCCGGCCUCUACCUGGUGCUGCACCUCUUCAGCCUGGAGCCCGCGGCGCCGCAGCGGGCGCAGCGCCUCGUGCGGCCCCGUGGCGCCGCGGCCCGCAUCGCCCACCGCGGCGGCGCGCACGACGCGCCCGAGAACACGCUGGCGGCCAUCCGACAGGCAGCUGAGAAUGGAGCAACAGGAGUUGAGCUGGAUCUUGAAUUUACUGCGGAUGGUGUUCCUAUUCUAAUGCAUGAUGAAACAGUAGAAAGGACAACUGAUGGGUCUGGAAGAUUGUGUGACUUGACCUUUGAUGAAGUCAGAAGGCUUAACCCAGCUGCGAAACAUAGGCUAUGGAGCAAAUUCCAGGGUGAAAAAGUACCAACUCUAAAAGAAGCUGUUGUGGAGUCUAUGCAACACAAUCUUAUAAUCUACUUUGAUGUCAAAGGCCAUACAAACCAGGCAGUUGAUGCUCUAAAACAACUCUACCUGGAAUUUCCUCGUUUGUAUAACAACAGCGUAGUCUGUUCUUUCAUGCCAGAUGUUGUUUAUAAGAUGAGACAAGCUGAUAGAAAUGUUGUAACAGCACUAACACACAGGCCCUGGCAUUUGAGUCACCUUGGAAAUGGGACACCUCGUUUCGAUUCCUUCUGGAAACAUUACUGGUAUAUGAUGAUGGAUAUCGUUCUAGAUUGGAGCCUCCACAGUUUCUUGUGGCGAUUAUGUGGGGUUUCAGCCUUCCUCAUACAGAAAAAUUUUGUUUCUCAAGAGUAUGUAAGGCACUGGUCUUCAAAAGGAAUUGAAGUGGUUGCCUGGACAGUGAACACAUUUGCAGAAAAAAGAUACUAUGAAACAGUCCUCGAAGCCAGCUACAUGACAGACAGCUUAGUGGAAGACUGUGGUCCUCACUACUAGACCCGUGCUUUGUAGGACGCUCAGCAAUUUAAACGGGCCAUCUUAUUCUGGCAGGUCUGAAUUUACCAUCAAGAGGGUAUACCAUAAUGCAGAUGGGACUGCUAAUGAUAGUUCUGGGGAAGGGAAGGGAAGAGCAGUGGUUUACUUCUACUGUUUGUUUAGAUUUUGAAUGCAGGAAAACCCUCUGUUGCAACACUGGAUAAAACUAAGGUGCAAACGUUAUUAUACACACUGAGUCUGUGUAAAUCUGAGGAAAUCGCAGUGUAAGGUACAAGGAUGAGUUUUGACAAGCUAACUAGAUAUCAAUGGAUUGCUUUAUGAUUCUCAGACUAUUCCUUUGCUUUGCUUAAAUCUUGGUUAUAAAGCCAAAUCAGCAUUUUUUUGUGGCAUAGUUUAAAAUUAUACCUUCAUUCUAGUAAUUUAAACAAUCUGUCCUACAACUAUGUAAUAAUUUGAGGUGUAUCUGUGGCAUCUUAAAAGCAUCAAUACUGCUGUUCUUAGAACAGAACCUGGAAAUAAUAAUGCCAAAGUAGAGGCAUUACUACAUGGAAAGAUGGCCAUGUUGUAUCCUGACAAGGAAAUAAAAGCCAGCUUCCCGUGUUCAGUGCAAAGACUAUGAGCAUUAAAGGUUAAAACUUCAGCACCUUCUUACCUUCCGGCCUUUUUAAGAGAAGUAAGGCAGGACAGAAGAUUAUUCCUUCCAUGUAUUUUUUGAAAGCAAGCUAUGUAUUGACUGGUGCUAGCUGAAGAAAAAAUAAAGCUGAAAUGCUUUUGUUUGCACGAUCAAAGUACAAAGGUAUGUGGGAAUCCGCCAUCCAAAUUUAAAUUGAAAGCAAGAGAAUCUGCAGCUACAAUAAGCAAAUACUUUUUGUACUCUUGAGUACUGUAUAUUUUAUCACCUGCUUAUCAGCAGAUUGAUGUGGUAUCUGAAAAUUUGUGCAAGAAAAGUUGCUUGAUGUUUUUUCUAAUGUGUAAAACUCUUUUCCCAUUACAGCAACAAUCAACUUGCCAUGAGCAAUUUCAGCUCUGUUCUGGAAAAAGCUGGUAGUUAGAGAAUAUUGUCAAGGCUAGCAAGAGCAGAAAUGAAACCACCUUUUCUUUUGCCCCAAUUAAAACAUGCCCAAAUUUCUGGGUUAGUGGCAGGUGAAAUACCUCUCCCCACUCAGACAGUGAGGCAAUACUCUUGAAUGCAGUUGGCAGUGAUGUUGCAAAUUGCUUAGUACGUUCCAUGCUUCAGAAAUUCUUGCUUUCCAAUCUGGUGGUCUUUUUUUACUGUGAAUAUUGUUUAUUUGCUACAGCACUUACUCUCUCCUGGAAGAGAGCACUGAAGAGUGCAAUUACGAUCCAAUUAGUUGAUGAAAAGAGCAUCGAUUAGGUUCUGGAAAUAAAUAACUUUAUAUGCUACCGCAGAUGUGAACAGGGUUGCUGUAGAUGGGGCCAAAUGGACAUUGACAGCAAUAGCUAUUACGAACAUUUUCUGAAGCAAUUAAUUUGUUACUCGUGUAUCCAGGUGCCAGGAUUUUUAGUCAAAGAGUGCUACUUUCUGCAAAGGGUGGAUGAUUUUUCUCUGGAAUCUCAAAUAUUUAGUAGAAAUUCAGUAGUAAGGAGGAAUAGCAGACUCGCUGAAGGGGAUUAUGAGAGCCCUUUCUCCUUGUGUCACUCUUCUACCAUGUACUGCAGAACCAAUGAUCCUCCUCUCAACCUUUUGGUGCACAUCCUGUGUCAAAUCCAUGUACACUGCUGUGUCCUGCAGCCAGCUCUCGUGCCUCUGGAGCGGAAGAGCCUCCUGACAAACGUCCCUCACUCCAAAGUUCUGUUCUUUUAAUUGCUUCUUGGGUCUUGCCUGUACUGAGCCACCAUCCUCAGUGCUAACCCAAGGCCCAUUCUCAAAUAUUUACUACUAGAUUCCACAGCUAUGUACAGCAAAAUUUAAUAAAAUUGAAUCUUUGGUCUUGCA